UGUAAUGUAAUGUAUGUCUGUCAAUACUAUCUGUCUGUCAAUACUGUCUCUUCUCUCUCUGUCAAUAAUAUCUCUUCUCUGUCUGUCAAUACUAUCUCUUCUCUCUCUGUCAAUACCUUCUCUUCUCUGUCUGUCAAUACUAUCUCUUCUCUCUCUGCCAAUACUAUCUCUUCUCUCUCUGCCAAUACUAUCUCUUCUCUGUCUGUCAAUACUAUCUUCUCUCUCUGCCAAUACUAUCUCCUCUCUCUCUGCCAAUACUAUCUCUUCUCUGUCUGUAAAACAGACAGCAACCAGGCAACAGACAGCCGAAGGCAACAGGAUUAUUUUAAUAGUUUAAUUCUACAGGAGGAUAACAAGUAUUUUCCCAAUUCCACAACAAUGUUGUACAGUACAGUCUGAUAUCUUUAUCAACUGAAAACCUAAUGCUAUGAUUGAGAUGAUAACUGAGUAUGUUGCACUGCUUGCUUGUGCGUGUGUGUGUGUGUGUGUGUGUGUGUGUGUGUGUGUGUGUGUGUGUGUGUGUGUGUGUGUGUGUGUGUGUGUGUGUGUGUGUGUGUGUGCGUGUGUGUGUGUGUGUGUGUGUGUGUGUGUGUGUGUGUGUGUGUGUGUGUGUGUUUUUGUGUCUCCAUUUGAUCAAAGUCAAGUACAAUGCCAUACAAGAUUGUGUGUGUCAUUCCGUUACACCAGGACAAGACAAGACAGUAUAUAUGGCAAGAUAGGACACGAGAAGACAGGACAAGACAGGACAAUACUGGAGGCUGUCUCAGUGCUGCUGCAGUAGUUUAUGUGUCGGGGGGCUCGGGUCAGUCUGUUAUAUCUGGAGUACUUCGCCUGUCUUAUCCGGUGUCCUGUGUGAAUUUAAGUAUGCUCUCUCUAAUUCUCUCUUUCUUUCUUUCUCUCUCUCGGAUGACCUGAGUUCGAGGACCAUGCCUCAGGACUACCUGGCCUGAUGACUCCUUGCUGUCCCCAGUCCACCUGGCCGUGCUGCCGCUCCAGUUUCAACUGUUCUGCCUGCGGCUAUGGAACCUUGACCUGUUCACCGGGCGUGCUACCUGUCCCAGACCUGCUGUUUUCAACUCUCUAGAGACAGCAUGAGCGGGGGCGUGUGGAAUAGCAGUGAUUCGUUGAAAACCCUAAACACUGCAGUAUGACAUGUCACAGGCCUGGACUACAACACAGGACCACCACACAGCAGGAGCACAGGACCACCACACAGCAGGACCACAGGACCACCGCACAGCAGGACCACAGGACCACAGGACCACCACACAACAGGACCACAGGACCACCGCACAGCAGGACCACAGGACCACCGCACAACAGGAUCACAGGACCACCGCACAACAGGACCACAGGAAAACCGCACAACAGGACCACAGGACCACCGCACAGCAGGACCACAGGACCACAGGACCACCGCACAACAGGACCACAGGACCACAGGACCACAGGACCACCGCACAACAGGACCACAGGACCACAGGACCACCGCACAACAGGACCACAGGACCACCGCACAGCAGGACCACAGGACCACCGCACAGCAGGACCACAGGACCACCGCACAGCAGGAACACAGGACCACCGCACAGCAGGACCACAGGACCACUGCACAGCAGGACCACAGGACCACCGCACAGCAUGACCACAGGACCACCGCACAGCAGGACCACAGGACCACAGGACCACCGCACAACAGGACCACAGGACCACCGCACAGCAGGACCACAGGACCACCGCACAACAGGACUACAGGACCACCGCACAACAGGACCACAGGAACACAGGACCACAGGACCACCGCACAACAGGACCACAGGACCACCGCACAACAGGACCACAGGACCACCGCACAACAGGACCACAGGACCACUGCACAGCAGGACCACAGGACCACCGCACAACAGGACCACAGGACCACCGCACAGCAGGACCACUGGACCACUGCACAGCAGGACCACAGGACCACCGCACAGCAGGACCACAGGACCACCGCACAGCAGGACCACAGGACCACAGCACAACCGGACCACAGGACCACCGCACAACCGGACCACAGGACCACAGCACAACCGGACCACAGGACCACCGCACAACCGGACCACAGGACCACAGCACAACAGGACCACAGGACCAUCGCAUAACAGAACCACGCACAACAGGACCACAGGACCACCGCACAACAGGACCACAGGACCACCGCACAACAGGACCACAGGACCACCGCACAACCGGACCACAGGACCACAUCACAACCGGACCACCGCACAACAGGACCACAGGACCACAACAGGACCACAGGACCACAACAGGACCACAGGACCACCGCACAACAGGACCACAGGACCACAGUACAACAGUACCACAGGACCACAGUACAACAGGACCACAUGACCACAGUACAACAGGACCACAGGACCACAGUACAACAGGUGGCUACUGUGGCUCACAAACAGCUACCCGGUAAACAACAAACAGACAAGCACAAGCUCGCACAUACGUUACUCAGCGUAAACACAUGAAAUCCAUACACAGACAAACACACCUACAUACAGCGGCUUGCGAAAGUAUUCACCCCCUUUAGGUAUUUUUCCUAUUUUGUUGCUUCCAACCUGGAAUGAACAUGGAUUUUUGGGGAGGUUUGAAUCAUUUGAUUUACACAACAUGCCUACCACUUUAAAGAUGCAAAAUGUUUUUAUUGUGAAACAAACAAGAAAUAAGACCAAAAGAAAUGAAAACUUGAGCGUGCAUAACUAUUCACACCCCCCAAGUCAAAACUUUGUAGAGCCACCCUCUGCAGCAAUUAAAGCUGCAAGUCUCUUGGGGUAUAUCUCUAUAUCUCGGCACAUUUAGCCACUGGGAUUGUUGCCCAUUCUUCAAGGCAAAACUGCUCUAGCUCCUUCAAGUUGGAUGGGUUCCGCUGGUGUACAGCAAUCUUUAAGUCAUACCACAGAUUCUCAAUUGGAUUGAGGUCUGUGGUUUGACUAGGCCAUUCCAAGACAUUUAAAUGUUUUCCCUUAAACCACUCGAGUGUUGCUUUACCAGUAUGCUUAGGGUCAUUUUCCUGCUGGAAGGUGAACAUCAGUCCCAAUCUCAAAUCUCUAGAAGACCGAAACAGGUUUAUCUCAAUAAUUUCCCUGUAUUUAGCGCCAUCCAUCAUUCCUUAAAUUCUGACCAGUUUCCCAGUCCCUGCCAAUUAAAAACAUCCCCAAAGCAUGAUGCUGCCACCACCAUGCUUCACUGUGGGGAUAGGGUUCUUGGGGUGAUGAUAGGUGCAAAAAAAGUGUUUGUCUUUGAUGGCCAAAAAGCUCAAUUUUAGUCUCAUGUGACCAGAGUACCUUCUUAUAUAUGUUUGGGGAGUCUCCCACAUGCCCUUUGGCGACCACCAAACAUGCUUGCUUAUUUUUGGCCACUCAUCCAUAAAGCCCAGCUCUGUGGAGUGUACGGCUUAAAGUGGUGCUAUGGACAGAUACUCCAAUCUCCUCUGUGGAACUUUGCAGCUCCUUCAGGGUUAUCUUUGGUCUCUUUGUUGCCUCUCUGAUUAAUGCCCUCCUUGCCUGGUCUGUGGGUUUUGGUAGGUGGCCCUCUCUUGGAAGGUUUGCUGUGGUGCCAUAUUCUUUCAAUUUUUUAAUGGUGGAUUUAAUGGUGCUCCGUGGGAUGUUCAAAGUUCCAGAUAUUUUUUAUAACCCAACUCUGAUCGGUACUUCUCCACAACUUUGUCCCUGACCUGUUUGGAGAGCUCCUUGGUCUUCAUGACCUUUGGUGUUUGUGUGAUCUUGUCUAUGUGUAGUUGCCUGUCAGCACUCGUUUGUAUAGCUUCAAGUUUAAUUUUGUUAUUUUGUUAGUUUGUUCAGUGUUUCAUUCUUUAAGUAAAUAAGAAUGUACGCAUACCACGCUGCGCCUUGUUCCGAUCCUUAUAACAAACUUGACACCCACAACUGAAGGUGGGAAAAGGGCUUCCUAAGUAUGAUCCCCAAUCAGAGACAACGAUAGACAGCUGCCUCUGAUUGGGAACCAUACUAGGCCAACAAAGAAAAAGAAAACAUAGAACUACAAAACCUAGAGUACCCAUCCUAUUCACACCCAGACCUAACCAAAAUAUAGAGAAUAAACAGGGAUCUCUAAGGUCAGGGCGUGACAGAUCCCCUGUUUUCAACACUCCAGUACCCACCAAACUUUGGGAUACUGCCACGCUGCUCAGGGUAAUUUUCAUUGCACACACCAAGCUAUGGUAAGACGAGGUAGCCAGAUUUCAGACAGGAAAAACACUGCAGUUAGCUAAGCUACAUUUCCUCAACAGCCAAGACCACAACACAAACCAAACAUAUUGCUUUUUAAAAAACAGUAAGCUAGUUAUGAACCUGCAUAUAGCUAUAGUCAAUGGUUGAACCCCAAACAGAGCCUAAGUUCAGUGUGCAAAUGCGUGCUAGCAUCAGACUUCCCACGCUCGCAGGACAGCAUCGCUGUUUCAAACAAUGUAGAAUACUUUUCAUCACUUACAGGCAAAUGCUCCCUCUCUUGCCUUGUCAUUAUUAGAAUUCAUAUUUGUGCUGACUGAUUAACAUAGUGUUAAGUUACUUUUCAGUGUGUUCCCAGAAAAUCUGAAGUUGCCAUCAACAAGUAGAAAGUAGUCAGGGUGCUGCACACUGUGCACCCAGCUAAAACAACACUCCUGCAUGGGUGCCUGUGUAGGGGUGUUUUACACUGGCUGAAAGGUGAUUGGAUUCCAUUUGGAACCGGGCUGCCUCCCGGAUGUGAGCCAGAUGCCCACUCUGUCUGAUGGCGAAGUCAACUCAAGACGCAAUUAUGCACGUGUAGUAACAAGUACAAUUCUGUUUUCACAUGCAAAAGUGAAUGCUUUUGAUAAACACACUAUCUGCCUUCCCUCCCUGCUUCCGCCCGAUGAUGUGACGGGCCAUAUUAAUCAAACCCCCUCUACGCUUGCUUAAAUUGUGUGCCAUGCUGUGCGCAGUCAAAAGAAAAUGACAUGCUCACUAACAUAGUUAGCUACGUGAUUAAUUGAGUCUGUUUUCAAUAAAUCAACUCGUUUAGACUAUUGUAAGUUAACCAAGCAAGAUAAAUAAAUGAACAAAAUCGUUUUGGAACAAGCACUUCAAGACUGCUCAUUUAAAUGGUCUGUCGAAAUCAGUGUUUUAAGAACAGGGUUUGUGGUGUAAUGGCUAGAGGUAUCUGAAGACUCUGGGUUUGUCUCCUGGAAGACACGUUUUGACAGUUAUUUAAUUUAUAGUUUUGACAGCCCCCUGCCGACACACACAGACACAUUUUCAUAUUUUCAUUCAUUAGUUGUCUCUUAAAAGAGCCUUUGGGUUUGUGGAGUGGCAGGCAAGUGGCAUUGAGUGUGGUGGUGUGUACUACUGCCAUCGUCUUAAUAGAGCAUAGGAGAGACCAACUCUCAGACUCUCAAGCAAGAUGUCGCUGCCCUGUUCCGUGACUUGCACGCCAUCCCUACGGUACUGCCUAGGGACAUAGUUCUUUAUGGCAGAGUGGUGGAUUGUGGGAAUACGCCUGUCACAGAGAAUUGCAAGCUGGCCCAUAUGGAACUAACGAACGAUUUAUGCAAAUUUAAAUGCACCUUCAAUACUUAAAAUGUAUGUUCUCUUCCAAAUCUGUGAGCACUUCUACAUAUUUAUACUGCCAUUUAACAAUAAGGAAACGUGUGCUCUUUUAUUGGAGUUGGAUAGCUGUGUAUCGCAUUAGUUAAGACAUUUGUAACUGAAGUUUUGUAUUCAAGGGUUAAGAGCACUGAUCCAAUUUCAGAAUUGAAAAUAUGUCUUGAAUUUCUCUUAAGAGUGUUGUGCUUAUCGAAUGACUUUGUAUUUUUCA